AUUUACUCAACUUCAUUGGUUUUUAUCCAUUCUCGACGGUUGUCGCCUUCGCUGGCUCCACCCUAUCUCCCCCCCCCCCCCCCCCCCUCUCCCUCUCUCUCUCUCUCUCACACACACACAGAGUCACGCACAAUCUGAGCGCUAUAUAACACGAACUACUGCGGAAGCUUUCACAAUCAAAAUCGUAUACCUGUCCACAGCAAUGGAUCCAAACCCUACUACCUUCCCGAUUCUAUCAUACGUCAUGUCGAAACUCCCCACCAUCGGCCCCCGACACACCGAAUUCGACAUCGAGCAACCGCCGCCGUCGACCGCCGUUGCGGAGCCGUUAUUCGACCUGACGGAGCGCAUGCCCAGGCUGACGGACCCCAGCGUGAUCGCCGCCAUGCGAUCCGCCGUCUCCGAGGUAUCUCAGGCUCGAUCCGUUCUCAAAACCAUAGGCAACCGGCCCGACCACGAGACCGUUGAUACGGCUAGGAAGAAGCUGGCGGAGAUCGAGUCGCAGCUCUCGAAGGAGUUGGAAGAGAUCGUACUGACGCCGCGGCCGUCGGAGGUAGAGCGGAUGGAGUGGCGGGCGGAGCUGGCGGAGAGAGAGAAGGAGAAGAGGGAGAAGGCAGAGAGGGAGAGGAGGAUUUACAAGGCGGUGAUAUCGCUGGACGAGAUGCACGAGGCGUAUGAGAGGAUGGCGAGGGAGGCGGAGGCGAAGCUGGCGAGGAUUUACGAGGCUGCGGUGGAAGGGAGGGGAGGGGGGGAGGAGGAGAGUGGGGGGGAUGCGGUGGAGGAGGAGGUGAAUGAGGAGGUGGUUGGGGUUUUACAGGAGGGGAUGGGAAAGGGAAUAGAGAGGGUGGAUUUAUCGAAUCGGCGGCUGCGGAUUUUACCAGAGGCGUUCGGGCGGCUUAGGGGAUUGGUUGUGCUUAAUUUGGCCAACAAUCAACUUGAGGCAAUUCCUGAUUCUAUUGGAGGUCUAGAACACCUUGAGGAGCUUUAUCUUGCUUCCAACCUACUUGAUUCCUUGCCAGACUCUAUCGGAUUACUGUUUAAUUUGAAGAUUCUGGAUGUUAGUGGAAAUAAGCUUGUUUCCUUUCCCGACAGCAUUUGUCAAUGCCGGUCAUUGGUGGAGUUGGAUGCAAGCUUCAAUAGGCUAGCUUACUUGCCCACAAACAUCGGGUUUGAACUUGUAAAGCUAAGAAGGCUCUUGAUCCAGCUCAACAAACUCCGGUCUCUUCCCACUUCGAUAUGUGAGAUGACGUCAUUGCAAAUCCUGGAUGUUCACUUCAACGAGCUCCGUGGCCUUCCGCUCGCAAUCGGGAGAUUAACAAAUCUCGAAAUCCUAAAUUUGAGCAGCAACUUUAGCGAUAUGACAGAACUGCCCGACACACUUGGUGAUUUAUCCAAUUUGAAAGAACUUGAUCUCAGCAACAACCAGAUUCAUGCUCUACCAGACACAUUUGGCCGGCUUGAUAAGCUGACUAAGCUCAAUUUGGAAGAAAACCCACUUGUGAUUCCCCCAAAGGAAGUUGUAAGCGAAGGGGUUGAAGCCGUUAAGGUUUUCAUGGCAAAGAGGUGGCUUGAUAUAUUGGUGGAGGAAGAGAGGAGGAGCAUGCUUGAGGUGCAAGAGCCGGCACAGACUGGUUGGCUUACACGCAGCCUUUCUCGCAGCACGUCGUGGUUGAGUACUGUUGCGUCAGAAGUUUCUGGGUAUGUGAGAAAUGCUGGGAAAUCUACCGUCGACCCUUAUCUUGAUCAGCAGCUAUGAUUUUGUUAUCAGGUGCGUCUGAAAUUGGAGAUAUUGAAAUGUGGAGAGGGGCUCUUUGCUGCAGGUGCCCUGCAUGCUCCUUCCUUGUUUGACAAUAAACAAGUGAUAAUAUGUUCUUUGGUUUUAAGCUGUUGUUCCAGCCAGAAUUCUGGAAAAUGUUCUCAAAUUUUGCAGAGAAGUAAACAGUUAGCGAGCUUACCAUGCUGUUUUAGUUUGAUGACUGCGUCGAGUAAGCAAAAUGCUUUAGUCAUGCUUUUAGUCAUACGUUAUACCAAAACCGAAUUCAGGCGGAAGCCUAUUUAAGGGCAGUCGAUUUACAUUGUUUGUGUAUUAUUUGAUGCA